AUGCCUCCGAGAUCUACCUUGACGUCGUCCUUUUCCAUCACAGACUCUCAGAAUGAGGUUGUCUGCCCGCUCCGAAACCAGGACGGCUCAAGCUGCCGCAAACGAUGCAUCGGCGAAAAGAGAUACCGCUCCAUGCAGGAGCAUAUUCGCCGUGCACAUCCUGAGCAUUACAUCUCCAAGCUUCCCGCCACCGAGGAGAGCUUCCUGCUCAUGAUUAACACCCCGGCGCAAGACCGCCGCCAGGAUGGAACGCCAACCACAGCUGCUUCCAGUUUCCACGAUCGCCAUUCAUUCUACAGGGACGAAUCGAGCAAUCCCGGGACGCCGCGGCACGGCGACGACCAGCCGCUGCCCGGCACCAGCUCCAUUCUCGGAACAGCCAGCGCAGCAGCCGCCCUGGCUGAUUUAAAGAGGGAAUCCGACGUGGAGGGAUACUACUCCGACCUGGAUGCUCGGCGCAGGCCUAGAAAGUCCAUUGAGCUGCCGCCCAUCAACUUCAACAACAUCACGAGCGAUCCGUUUUCCAGCAGGCCUCGCGAGAUUCUACCGUCUCUUCUAAACGUCUCACCACCCGGGCGAUCCUCUACUCUACCUCCCCUCCAGCGCCCAUUGGGACCAGCCCGGCCUCGCAAGCAGUCUAUAUCCAAGAAGAAUCGCGAAUCCCACCACAAGAAGAAGCCUUCGCGCGGCACUGCGGCGGAUUGGCUACGGCGCAUCCAGAAUGAAAGCAUCGGGCCCGGCGGCCGCGAUCGAAAGGCUCUCUCUGCCGAGCCUUCCGCCGACUAUGGCAAACGCUGGGAGGAUCUGAUUGAUGCGGCGGACCAGGCCGCAUCUGCAGCGGGCGACGUCAACGAGGACCGCACUCCGAUGCCUCAAUCCCCCGUCUCAAUCCACCGGUCAUCUCUACCUCCCUUUAGCCACCCCCAGUUCCACUCCGCCAGCAACAACUACCAAGCUUCUCCCUUACAGCAAGCCCUGACGCCGCCCUCGUAUAAUCAGGACGUGAUUGAGCCCUUCCCGUCCGUCGAGAGCGGCGAGAGCGGAGACAACUUCCACAUUGGGUCCCGCGGGUUGCCCGACUCCUCCCCGACCUACAACUCGCAAAACAUCCAAAUCUACUGUGCUGCCUGUCAUGGCAUUUCUCUACUCAAGAAUUCGUAUGCCUGCACAGAAUGCAUCUGCGGACUGUGCUCGAGCUGCGUCGAGGUUCUCAUGUCUGAACAUGGAGCUCGGAGAAAGUGCCCUCGCUGUGCCACAAUUGGAGGCCGCUACAAGCCCUUCCAGUUGGACAUUAGAUGA